AUGUUUGGACUGCUAUGUGUUCCUUACGAGGUGUUGGCAAAUAUCGUGGGAAAUAUCGACUUUGACGACGUCUUCAAUUUGGCUCUUGUGUGUAAGGAAUUGAAAUUCAUCGUUAUGGAAGAGAACAUCUGCAAGAACAUUGUCCAGGUGAGCAAGUUUCGUAUAUUCCUAUUCAGAUUGGGUAUGUUGGGUAUCAGAUUGUCAGAGGGCCAAAGUUCAGCUGCUGACGAUACCUGCGUACAGACUAAGAUCAAAUUUUCCAAUGAAGCCCUGACCGCUGCGUCAGCUGGCGGUGGCAAUGCACGAGCACUUCGCAGGGCUGCUAAGAGGCGCAAUGCGCUGGCCACCGUGAAUCCGUUCACAGUCGCCACGAUCGGCGUCUGUGAUGCAUUUGUCUAUCUGAAUGGUGUCUUGUGUUACACCCUGGACGACAAAGUUAGGGUUUUGGACCUCCAUAACUCUAGCGGCCAUGAGGUUGUCAUCAGCAUCCCAGGUUUGCUAACCCAAGCACUAUCCGACAUCCAGGAUAAUAAUAGAGGAACGUUCCAAAUCCUGUACUACUCGGAUAAGAUAACAUCAUGCCUCUACAGAUCCUCAGGCUCGGAUUCUACGGCAUGGCUCAUCGCAUUUCACGUCGGAUAUAGAGCUAUUCUUCUUGUUAAGGAGUUAGAUUCUACAGAGAAGAUCUUUGUGCGCCAUAAUAGUAAGUUCCUCUAUUUUGGGACCAAUUCUGAAUUGGGAAAUGAUGGACACAAGAAAUGGGUAAUCCAAGGAUACUCUUUCGAAACCAAAGAAUGGUUCAAAGAAAGAAUCCACCUACCAGAUAUGGUUGGGAAUGAGAUUGGCUCGACUAUUUGUUUCGAAUUCCACAAGACAGACUUCUAUGCUCUAUCUAAUCAAACUUCAUUUGAAGUCGAGGAGAUAGAUUGGACCUCUUUCUACCACUGCAUUCGGUUUCCCUUGGAUUCCCCAUACAAGGAGUUGAUAGAGAAGACGGAAAAUAAGCAGAUGUGGCGAAGACAGCAUCAAGAGGGGCCUAUUGAUGACAGAUGGACAUUUCUCCGCUUGGAUACCGAUGAGACUACUGGAAAACUCAAAAUCGUCGAGUCUCGAAAGGAAUGGUAUCUGGGAGCCUCCAGGAGUCAGCGAACGUAUUAUACAACUAAAAUCAAGUUCCCUAAACCCAAGCAUGACGAUUCAGAAUAUUCGUCUCCAGAACCAAGCGCCGCCUCAGCAGCAUCUCCAACCUCAUCCGACAAUCUCGACAUUACUAUCUUACCCAAUCUCCCAAUCGUCAAAUUACGCAAUAAGGACGACAACCCGAACUACCUGGAAGCCCCGCAACGGAAACCCCUUUACACCCACCCUGGUAACGACGGCUCCAUGCCACCAACCUACACAUUAGCAAAUACCCUCAUCCGCACCUACCACACCAGCAGCUCUACCUUCCUCGACCUGGUGAACGACCCUCUACCCACCGACUGGCGCAGUACCCAGCGCCUCCGUCUCCGCGGCUCAAGCCGCACCCUAGGCCCGCCCCUCACCGACCCAACCACGGGAAUCUCCCGCGAUCCCUCCCCCGAUCUCACCACCGCCCUCGCAGAACUCUUCCCCCACGCCCAACCCAUCUCAUUCUUCCCACGCGCAGGCGCAGACCAAGAGCUCUACGACCUGCUGAACCCGCCCAACCAUCUAGGCUGCGUGGACGGCGUCAUGGACGAUAGGUCCAUGGUGUAUGUGACGGGGCCAGCCAACGCGCCGCAGGCGCUCAUCUUCGUUGGCUUUGAUGCGGGCAUUAGGCUAGAGGGCUUGAAGCGGUGGGGUGCCAAAGGUGUCGGCGAGGGCCCGCAUAUCGAUGGCAGGGCGACGGGGUGCAAUAUCGACGGCCUGAAUGCAGAUGUGGGCGGGAAUGGGAACCUUCCAGAAGGUGCGUAUGCGUAUGAAGACGUGCGAAUGGAUGUGGAGGAGGGGAAGCGGAUGCUUACCAUUGACCGCAAGGGGAAGGGCAAGGCGGUUGAUAGCGAGGGAGAGGGGAUGAAUGCACAUGUGCUUCUUGGGUCAGGAAAGGCAGUGGAUGUGGAUAUGGAUGUACAUGCUGCAGUUACAACCGCAACCGCAACUGCAAUUGCAGAUACGGGGAAAAGUGGCCCUCCUUCUUCAGCUUCAGGCACAGCCGGCCGUUGGGCUUGGGCGUGGAGAGAAAAGGCCAUGUACAGAGAUAUCAGCCGGGGCUAUAAUUUUGGAUCUGCUCAGAGCGUGCCUAGUUAA